UUUUCAUUUUCCAUCCUAGGGGAAAAGUUACGUGAUAGAUGCCCCGAUAAUAAGCGCAAUUUUCACGAGAAAAAAAGCAAAGCGAUCUAGUUAGUCGGAAGCGGCGGUUUCCGCUUCCUACGCCGAAAUCGAGUGUCGAACAUGGCGUCUACUGCGGCUGUCAGCUAUCUUCUCGCGAUCGCGCUCGCGCUUACCAUCGCUCUCGCUCCUCUCGCGAGUUUUGCGAGUCCUUACUAUGCAUCCGCGAGAGUCGAGAGCUGCAAGGGUUGCUCGCUUAACCGGCUGCCAGACGUCAAACAGUUCAUAUUCGAGGACUUGCCGCAAUACGACAACGUUGAAUUUAAACAUAUCCAAGGUGCAGUACCAGAACUCGUGCUGUUUAAUGACCAUGAAGAGGAAAUCGAGCGACUGGUGCUCUCUAGCUUGACUCGGCAAGAGUGCAACGAGCUGCUAGUCUCCAAAGGCUUCAGCAAAAAGUCCAAAGACAAUAAAGACGAGAUGUAGAUCCACCAAUGGUUCGGUCACGCUCGUCCUAAGGAACAAAUUAACCUGGUCGCAACUGGUCACAAAUAAUAAUUGUUAGGGAGGGGACUUAUUCCUCUGAAGAGUCGUUCUCGAUCGUAAAAAUCGUUAAGUUGAAUUCUGAUUCUUUAUCUCUUUGUCUUAUUACUUGUACUUAAUAACAGUUUUCCCUAAAACUAACUAGGUAAACGCACACGUUGUGGAUAUCCAAAGCGCAGAAGUCACGUCCGACAGUAUUUCCAAUGUAAACUGCACGCGUCGCACGAAGUAACGAUCGUUUUCAGGAUACUUCUAUUACGCACAAGUUAUUCUCUUUCGUCGAUUGCUAUUAUUUCUUUGAUGCAAUUGGUGAGGAGAGAAGCUGCAUACCUCCCCCCCCCCGUGAGCUGCAAUCUGUGAUAACGACACUAGAUCGACGGUACGAUGGAUUUUUACGUUACAGCAUGUAAUCCGUUGCUUCUAAUUCUUUAAUUCUCCCGCGCGCGACAGAGUUUCGUCGUAUCAAAACAAGAUCAAAAUAAUUGUAUGAACUUACGAAUGUGUACUACCAGAUGUACCAUUACAGUUAAUAAUGUUAGAUUAAAUGCAUAAUAUAUUAAAUAACUUUAAGGAGA